UGUCAUUGCUUGCUUGCUUUCUACUUCAACUUUUUCAGUAAAAUACCUGCUAUUUUGUUUUGUUAUUCAUUUGAAUUAACAGACUUGAAAAAUAUUGACACCAAAAGCAAAUUAAACAAUCAUGUCGAAUCAGGCACCGAAUAUGCCAACAAUAGGUCAACUGAAUCAAGGCACCAUACAGUAUGUGAACAACCCCAUGCAGAGUCCUCAGUUGCAGUCUGUGCAGGGCUCACCGUCACAGCACAGUCCUAUGGGCACUCAGGCCCAAGCGGGGGUUAAAGCAAGCCAAAGCGGAGCUGGAGACUCAACAACACAAUUGCUUAGCAGACCUCGUCUCCAAGAGUUGGUACGGGAGGUUGACCCCACUGUGCAGUUAGAUGAAGAGGUAGAAGAAAUGUUGCUACAGCUAGCUGACGAUUUCAUUGACGCAACAUUGAACGCCUCUUGUGCUCUCGCUAAACACAGGCAUGCGCCUUCUGUGGAACUAAGGGAUGUGCAGCUACAUUUAGAACGCCAAUGGAACAUGUGGAUCCCUGGCUUUGGAAACGACGAGCUGCGGCCGUACAAGCGUUCGACGGUCACAGAAGCACAUAAACAACGCAUGGCGCUUAUACGAAAGACUAUCAAGAAAUAUUAGGGAUUUCUUGAAAUAAUUACACUAAGUGAGCUAUGAUUAUGAAAAUAAGAGGGGGCCAUAUAAAUCAAUGCCUGUUCGCUCUAGGUAGGUAGGAUUUUCACACCACGUCUGGCUGAGAUAAUUGGUGGACGCUGAGUGAACACACAGCCAGGGCCAGGACAAAUGCCAGGAUUAUUUUUUCAAAACCAAUUCAAGUUCAAUCUAAUUUUCCAUAUAGCUAGAGAAGAAAUGUAAAUAUGAAAUUUUUCAUGAUCAAAGUGCAAAAAAAAUGCUUUUAUGUAAACCAAUAAAAGUAGUUCAGACUGUGUGGCUGUAAGUAGCUUCUCAUAGAUAAAAAAAAUAACGAGAUAAUUUUGCUAUCAACUUUCGGAAUUUUAUACUAAGUAAGUAAAU